UGAGCUAAUGCAAUGAUUCCCAAAAUCAUGGUUCCCAGAUCAGCAAACCUACUGAAUCGGAAAACCAGAUAAAGGGGCCAAUAAUCUGUAGGUUUUAUAUUUUCUCAACUUUUUUAACUUGGGAGGCUCAGAGCGCCAGUUAAGAUCAAAGAUUCACAUUUCGACGCUGCAGGAAACAGUCUCGAGCCACACCUUUUUCCAAAGCCGCCAGUAUCGCUAGCCGAAACUUCCGCAGCGGUGCAUACUGGGAGAUGUAGUUCCAGACCUGUCGUACCAUUUCUUGGGACUUGUAGUCCUCUAUCUGGGAAGAAAGCGACAACUCGCAAAGUUUAAACCAGUCCUUGAGGAGAAAGGGAAGAGCGUAAUCCGCAGUAUCACUCGCGCUCAAAUUCUUUGGGCCCAUCUCUAUGCUCGCGACCAAAGGUGGAAGAGACUAAAAUGCGGGUGCGAGAGGGGCGGGGCGACGUCACGUCGACGCGGACGUGACCCUGCCCGAGAAUCUUUGGCGGGAUUUCUGAAAGUCGCGGGCCGAAGUGCGGCUGGAGAGCCAGUGCUGAGGUGACUGAGGCGCCUUCCGAAACGCGUAGUUGGGUCCUGAAACUUGCUUGGGUUGUGCACAGUAAGCCGACAACCGGGUCGAGAAGUGGAGCGCGCGCUAGACCAGUGGACUGAAGUCGGAGCGCUUGCUCUGCCUCACCUAGCAGCACUGCAGACCCAGUAAUGGCUAUGCAGAUGCAGCUUGAAGCAAACGCAGAUACUUCAGUUGAAGAAGAAAGCUUUGGCCCACAACCUGUUUCACGGUUAGAGCAAUGUGGCAUAAAUGCCAAUGAUGUGAAGAAAUUAGAAGAAGCUGGCUUCCAUACUGUGGAGGCUGUUGCCUAUGCACCAAAGAAGGAAUUAAUAAAUAUUAAAGGAAUUAGUGAAGCCAAAGCUGAUAAAAUUCUGGCUGAGGCAGCUAAAUUAGUUCCAAUGGGUUUCACCACUGCCACUGAAUUUCAUCAAAGGCGAUCAGAGAUCAUACAGAUUACUACUGGCUCCAAAGAGCUUGACAAACUACUUCAAGGUGGAAUUGAAACUGGAUCUAUCACGGAGAUGUUUGGGGAAUUCCGAACUGGGAAGACCCAGAUCUGUCAUACACUAGCUGUAACAUGCCAGCUUCCCAUUGACCGGGGUGGAGGUGAAGGAAAGGCCAUGUACAUCGACACUGAGGGUACCUUUAGGCCAGAACGACUGCUAGCAGUGGCUGAGAGAUAUGGUCUCUCUGGCAGUGAUGUCCUGGAUAAUGUAGCAUAUGCUCGAGGAUUCAACACAGACCACCAGACUCAGCUCCUUUAUCAAGCGUCAGCCAUGAUGGUAGAGUCUAGGUAUGCACUGCUUAUUGUAGACAGUGCCACCGCUCUCUACAGAACAGACUACUCAGGUCGAGGAGAGCUCUCAGCCAGGCAGAUGCAUUUGGCCAGGUUUCUGCGGAUGCUUCUGAGACUUGCUGAUGAGUUUGGUGUAGCAGUGGUAAUCACCAACCAAGUGGUAGCUCAAGUGGAUGGAGCAGCCAUGUUUGCUGCGGAUCCCAAAAAGCCUAUUGGAGGAAACAUCAUUGCCCAUGCAUCAACCACCAGAUUAUACCUGAGGAAAGGAAGAGGGGAAACAAGAAUCUGCAAAAUCUACGACUCUCCUUGUCUUCCUGAAGCUGAAGCUAUGUUUGCCAUCAAUGCGGAUGGUGUGGGAGAUGCCAAAGACUGAAUUACUGGAUUUUUUCCCCUGUGGUAAACUUUUUUUAAGUGCUGCAAUCUAAUGGAGAGGACUGCUCCCUGGGGUUCUUCACAAGCUUCUUCCUUGUUGUGAGUGCCAGGACAACAUCCAGGAAAAUAGCUAUUAUAUCAGCCUUUCUAAUUGUGUAAAUAGGAGACAGGUCAGAAUUCACAAACUGAUCUGAAAUGUUUAUUCCUUCUGGAGCAUGUUAAUCUUUGUGAUUUCUUUGGUGUUUAUAGAGGUAUAAAAUACCUUUGACAUAGUGUCUUGGAAUGGACUCAGGGCUAACAGGUCUCCAAGAAAAGUAGUUGGGAAGAUCUGAUUUCUUCUUUCACUUCCAAAUAAAAUGUCUGAGCUCUGUAGCCAAAGGA